GUUAAAAUAAAAAACAAAUCCACUUUUUUUUGGAAUAUAAAUCGACUAAAACGACUUUUUGUGUCUUUAAGUUGAUUCGAGGCCUGUGUUUUUAUAAUUAAUAUUUAAUAGGUAUUCGUUGGCCCCUGGUACCUUAAAAAUUAAUUUUUAAAAAUAAAUUUUUUUCAAAUUACUAUCUUGUACGAAAUUUCCUGGCGCAUCUUUUUUCUCAUAAUAAAUUUUUGGUAUUUGUAUACAAUUUUUGAAUCAAUAUACAAGUUUAAAAAAAAUUUUGUUGGUAAACGUUGUGUACUUCAGCUUCAUGAAUUGAAUUUUUGAAUUUGGAAUUUUAAAGAAACUUAUUCCGAAAUUUGGAAACACUUUGGCAAAAAUGAGAAAAAGAAUUGUCAAAAUUUGACACGUCAUAAGAUUACUAUUCAAAAAUACACGUGAAAUCAGAAAAGGCCAACUUCAAGUUAAGACAGAAGGACAGACCAAGCAUUUUAUUAUUAUAUAAUUUCAAUUAUUAAAUUAUUAGCAAGUAAAGAAAAAAAAGGAAAUUUAGUUAAAAAUCAAAAAUUUUUUGUUUAUAACCAGAUGUUUUGUAUAAAUAAUUACAAUAAAGAACAUUUUAAUAUCCUGAAAGGAAUUCAAGGGAAAUACGGGGGUGGGAGCGUGGUCGUUAUUCAGUAUAUUAGUUCAUAGCGUGACUCCUCAAAUGCAGUCCUUCAACAAACGUUGAAGCAUUUAUUUAUGAGUGUAAGAUCAAAUCCUCCAAAUAAUAAUUUAUUCAUUAAAUAAUACGAUAGUAGAAAAUUCUUAAAACUAAAGGGUAAUUUUUAAAAAAAGUCUCAUUUUCCCUUUUGGUUAAAUACUUUUACUUCAAUAUCUAUAACACUAAAAAAAAAAUAAAAAGAAAAAGAAAAUUCUAAAAAAGAAGAAAAAUUUCUAGUUUAAUUUAGAAAAAACCAGUUUCUUAAAAUGAGAUUAUUCAGUUUGAGAGUUGCAGUGUGUUUCAUAAUUCUCAGCUUCCUUGCCUAUGCAACUGAGGGAUUCCCCUCAGGUGACUCAGAUGCGGUAGAUAUUAAUCAAGAAAAAAGGCUUUGGACAACACAAAAAUUAAUUGAAGCACUCGAGAACAUGAGGCAAAUUCCUCAAUGGCACUGUCUCCGUUACAGAAAAUUUGACUUGGUUCGCCGAUGCAGAAAUUAUCGUUUAGCAAGAAAGCACUGACAAACAAAGUAUUAUCAUUUACCAAAUCAACACAUUAAUCCUUAUUUCACGCUACGUCAACAACAACAACAACAACAACAACAACAACAACAACAACAACAACAAUCAACACUGUACAAAAAUACUUUUCAUCGUACAUUUUGAAAAAGAAAUUUAACUCGUUACUUUUUGGGAAAAAUUUCAAAACUUCAAACAAGACUAAUAUUUCUUUAAAAAUCAACUCAAUUUCUUGCAUUUAGAAUCAAAACUGAUAUAGUAUUUAUUUAAUAAGUAGAAUAUUAGUUUAAAGAUGGAAAAUUAAAAACGAAAUUUAAGAGAUUUGAUAAAAAUGAAUUUAUCAUUCGGUAAAAUGAAAUUAUUUUGCGAGAGAGAGAAAAUUAAAUCCAUUUUAAAGUAUUUUGACAUAUACAAUUAAAAAUGAUCCUGAAUAGAUUAAAUCCCUAGAUAUUGUAGUUCAAUGUAAAAUACCGAAAGACAGUAUUAUCAUUAAAAAAAAAAAAAAAUUAAUACCUACUUUAAAAUAUUAUACUUAAUGUGAAUACUUAAAAAAUUUUUUUUGUA